AUGGCCGAGCAGUGGCUUGAUCUUCAGCCUCUGGCCGACCCCGCAUUAGGUACACCUACUAGUGUGGACCUGCUCCUCGGUGCUGACGUCUACAGCCGCAUAUUGCAGGCGGAAUCCGUCCAGCGGGGCGACAUUAUCGGUCAGCACACGAUAUUCGGCUGGACCCUCGUUGGCCGUGCUCCUGGCCUGCAGCCGGCAGCUUUUAUUGUUGGCUCAAAACUGCACGAGGACGGAGCACCAUCUUGGCAUCGCGAACUGGCUGCGCUGCUGCAGCGCUUUUGGGAGCUCGAGGAAGUACUGCAAAGCGACAGUGCGCGGCUGCUCGGCAACAGCCUGCAGAGUGCCACGGCCGCCCUUCACUCGUUGCAUCGUCGCCUCCAGCGGACCCCAGCGAUCGGUGCUGAGUAUGCACAAUUUAUGGCAGAGUAUAUCGCUCUGGGCCAUAUGAGGCCACUGCCUGACGAUCUGCGCACGGCAUCGCCCCGACCAGUGCACUAUAUCCAACAUCACGGCAUCUGGCAGAGCAGCGAUAAAGGCCGCAGGCUUCGCGUCGUGUUCAACGCCUUGAAACCAGCAUCGAGCGGCUACAGCUUAAACGACGUCCUCUUCGCGGGCCCUAGACUGCAGACCACGCUUCCCAGCGUGCUCCUACGCUGGUGA